UGCUGUGCGCAUGCUCAGUUUAUUUGUUUUGAUCAUGUGGUGAUUGCCGCUGUAAGCGCUGGCCGAUGUGACCACGUGUAUGAGGUUUGACGGUGUUUCUCAUCUCUCUCAGGCUGUUCCACGAAAAAAAAAAAAAAAGGUCGUGUCUACUGGCAAUAUGACAGGUAGAUGAUAUCCGGGUUCAAAUAGCGGUGUACGUGCGAUCGAAGUGGCUUCUUUUUGUCGGCUACUGCAACAUAUUCCGUGAUAGCUCGCCGAACGUGAGCAACAUGAAGCGAAAACGAGAUCAACAGCCGGAGCCGAAGCUGACGGUUGAGCGAGUCCUGGCCCAGUUCAAAUCGGAGUCGGGAGAAAAUGCUGGAGCGCCGUUCGACCUCCCUGUCGACGUCACGGUGGAAAAGCUUCAGCUACUCUGCAACGCCUUUUUGGAAACUGAGGAAAAAGUGCCGUACCUAUUUUUCGUGGACGGUGUCGAGAUCAGGGAGUCCUUGGCCAAGACGCUGCUUGCAAAGACCGAACCUCUGGAGCCUGAGAAGGUCGUGGAAAUUGUGUACGCACCGCAGGCGUUAUUCAAGGUGCAGGCAGUUACGCGCUGCACUGCCUCAAUCCCUGGACAUGAAGAAGCUGUGCUCGUGACGGCCUUCAGUCCAGAUGGGAGACACUUGGCAAGUGGCUCUGGUGACACGACUGUACGAUUCUGGGACCUCAACACGCAGACUCCGCAUCAUACCUGCAAAGCGCACAAGAACUGGGUUCUCUGCGUCACAUGGGCCCCAGACGGGAAGAAGCUGGCAUCUGGAUGCAAAAACGGCCUGAUAUUUAUUUGGGAUCCAGAGUCUGGGAAGCAACUUGGACGACCCCUUGCUGGGCACAAGAAGUGGAUAACUUGCCUCUGUUGGGAGCCUUUGCACCUGAAUGCGGAGUGCCGUGCCCUGGCCAGCAGCAGCAAAGAUGGCACUGUACGCAUUUGGGAUACGACGCUGGCACAGACGAGGUUAACCCUGUCCGGCCACGUCCAGUCGGUGACCUGCGUUCGCUGGGGUGGCACAGGGCUCAUCUACACCGCUUCCCAGGACUGCACUAUCAAAGUCUGGAGGGCCGACACUGGUGUUCUGUGCAGGACGUUGCAGUGCCACGGACACUGGGUCAACGUGUUGGCCCUGAAUACGGACUACGUCAUGCGAACGGGGGCAUUCGAUCCACGCAAGCAGCAAGGCAUCGCCGCGUGUUCGAGAGAGGAGCUCCAGCGCCGUGCCGAGCAACGCUACAAGGAGGCUCGAGGCAGUGAGCCUGAGAGGCUGGCCUCGGGCUCGGACGAUUUCACACUGGCCCUGUGGUUGCCAGAGACAAGCAAGAAGCCAGCAGCGCACAUGACGGGCCACCAGAGGGUGGUCAACGAUGUUCGUUUUUCACCCGACAUGCGACUCCUGGCCAGUGCUUCUUUCGACAAGUCCUUGAAACUGUGGGAUGGUAGAACGGGAAAGUUCCUUGCUGCACUACGUGGCCACGUCAGCUGUGUCUACCAGCUGGCCUGGUCCGCCGACAGCCGGCUCAUAGUCAGCGGUAGCUCAGAUUCCACGCUCAAGCUUUGGGACGUGUCUACCGGAAAGCUCACAGGAGACCUCCCUGGGCAUGCUGACGAGGUGUAUGCCGUUGACUGGAGCCCAGAUGGAUCGCAGGUUGUUAGUGGAGGCAAGGACAAAGUACUGCGGCUAUGGCGAAAGUAAGACUUGUUUGGUGCAAGACGACAUUCAGUGAAAAAACUUCCCGGAGGUUUUCACGAUAUAAAACGUAAAAAUAUACACACACAUAUAUAAAUGCAAUAAAAAAUGUGACGUCUGAACC